UCUCUCCACUCUCUCUUUCUCUCCUCUCUCCCUCUCUCUCUCUCAUCUCCCAAUUUCACGUGUCAAAUUUGUUGCCCAAUAUCUUCUAUUCUCACCUCCCCAGAUUGACGCCACACACGCCCAUUUCGUUGUCUGAAACCGGCCAUUGUCGUCUCCUUCUACUCAAAUUUCUCCCAAAUAUUGAUAUUUUUUAGGUCAUGAAACGACUCUAAAAGCUUCGAAUUUCUACAUCUUCGUGAAGAAAAUUGAAUCUCCUUUUUGACCCACAAAAAGGUCUUCACCAGAUUGUCCUCCACCAAUCUGGGUCAAGUUUUGUUUGGAUCUUCUCUCUCUUGAAGCUAUCUGAAACCCAUCAAGUUUUUGGGUCUUCUCACACUUUUCUGUGCCUGAUUUAUGGGGGUCGUAUGUAUAUGCACAAGUUGUUUAUAUAUCUCAUUGGGUGUCAUAAUUAUUCGGGUGUGAAGAGUAUUUGUUCGAAAAUUUUUAGAUCGGAAGGCUUUGGUGUCUUCAAUGCUUGUAACUCUUGGAAAUUGAUAGAGUUUUGAUGUCAGGGGCAGGGCAGGCCACCGUCAAGCACGCGAAUUUUGGGAACGUGGCCGCCGAGGACCACCGCCGGGAGCGUCCCGGCUGCUGCAAUCCGGUGAAGAAGGCGGGUCCGGUGUCGAUGGACCAUGUUCUCUCGGCAUUGCAAGAAACUAAGGAAGAGAGGGACACUAGAAUUCGGAGUCUCUUCAAUUUUUUUGACACUGCCAAUGUUGGGUACUUGGACUAUACUCAGAUUGAGGCGGGUCUCUCCGCGAUGCAAAUUCCGGCGGAGUAUAAGUAUGCCAAGGAUCUGUUGAGGGUUUGUGAUGCCAAUAGGGAUGGCCGGGUCGAUUACCAGGAGUUUAGGAGGUAUAUGGACGAUAAGGAGCUGGAGCUUUAUAGGAUUUUCCAAGCCAUUGAUGUCGAACACAAUGGCUGCAUUGUGCCUGAGGAGCUUUGGGAUGCGCUUGUUAAGGCUGGGAUAGAAAUUGAUGAUGAUGAACUGGCUAGUUUUGUGGAACAUGUUGAUAAGGAUAAUAAUGGAAUUAUAACUUUUGAAGAAUGGAGAGAUUUUCUUUUGCUCUAUCCCCAUGAGGCUACCAUUGAGAACAUAUACCAUUACUGGGAAAGGGUAUACCUUGUAGAUAUUGGUGAACAGGCUGUUAUUCCUCAUGGCAUCAGUAAGCAUGUCAAUGCAAGCAGGUAUUUAAUUGCAGGGGCAGUUGCGGGUGCUGCUUCUCGUACUGCAACUGCUCCUCUUGAUCGUCUUAAGGUGCUUUUGCAAGUUCAGACUUCACGUGCUUGUAUUGGUCCUGCAAUUAAAAACAUAUGGAAGGAAGGUGGGUUCUUGGGGUUUUUCCGAGGCAAUGGGUUAAACGUUAUGAAAGUUGCUCCUGAAAGUGCUAUCAAGUUUUACACUUAUGAAAUGUUAAAGAAUGUCAUUGGAGAUGCUAAAGGGGAAGACAAGGCUGAUAUAGGAACGAGUGGACGACUUCUUGCUGGUGGUUUGGCUGGUGCGGUGGCACAAACUGCAAUCUAUCCCAUGGAUCUUGUGAAAACUAGGUUACAGACUUAUGUUGGUGAAGGUGGGAAGGUUCCCACGUUAGGGAAAUUGUCAAAGGACAUUUGGGUUCACGAAGGACCCCGGGCCUUCUAUAGAGGGCUCAUACCAUCUCUUCUUGGGAUCAUACCUUAUGCUGGCAUUGACCUUGCUGCCUAUGAGACCUUGAAAGAUUUUUCAAGGACACAUUAUCUCCAUGACAGAGAACCUGGCCCUCUUGUGCAACUGGGUUGUGGGACAAUUUCGGGAGCGCUUGGAGCAACGUGUGUUUAUCCAUUGCAGGUCAUCAGAACAAGAAUGCAAGCUCAACGUGCUGAUACAUCUACUUCUUAUACGGGAAUGGCUGACGUAUUUCGGAGAACACUUCAGCAUGAAGGUUUUAGAGGUUUCUACAAAGGACUUUUUCCAAAUCUUCUGAAAGUUGUACCUGCAGCAAGCAUUACAUAUAUGGUCUAUGAAACCAUGAAGAAAAGUCUAGAUCUUGGUUAGACAAUUGAGAUGUAUUUCUUGAUGACAUUUGGGUGUUGAACAUGGUUAAGCUGAUGAUGACGAAGACAAGAAGAAUAAUAAACUAAAUUUAGAAGGUGAUAUGAUUGUUUUGAGGUACAUGAUAAAGAGCCACAGGAUUUUGUAGUCAAAAAGUGUUUUGUUUUUCCUUUCCUUCUUCAGGUUUGUCUGAACUAAUCCCAUUGAGAGUCAAGGGUAGUAUCAAUAACAAUCUCUAAUUGUCAUAUAAUGGAUGUAAUCCUUAUAUUUUGACUUCAAUAUGUUUAAAUGAAUACAAAAGUUGCAGAACUUGCCAUUUUUCUA